AUGAAUGGUAUCCAAGGUACUUUCAUGCAACGUCAGAAAUCUGGUUCUCGGUCUCAGCAUUUGCCCCAUCCGCUCGACCAGGCAGAGUUUUAUACCUUGGCCUCCAGCACCUCACUUACUGCCACAAACCGUGCUGCAGACCAACCACCCCACAGCCCUGCAUCGCCUUCUUUCUCCAUCCCUUCCUCGGCCACAACUCCCACGUCUGCUAGUUACCAAGGUGACCUGCCAUAUCCCACCACUCGAUAUGAUGGUGAAACAAUCUCCGCCACCGCCUCACCAACUUCACAACGGCAUCCAUCUUAUUCCAAUCCGUCCCUGAAUCAACAUCACUCUACGCCGAUCAUCAUCUCUCCACAGCGCCAUAAUUAUACGAGUACUAGCAAUGAUGAUAACCAACCCGUCAAAAGUUCUGCUUCCACAAAUAUGCCCUCUAGACGUGGCUCGGAACACCAUCAACAUCAUCAGCAGCAACAGCAGCAGCCCACAUCUGACUUGCACCUACUUGGCACCUCACCCGAGGCAAAGGAUUGGCUUAAGCAAAAGCCGACCCGAUCUUCGGCUCAUAUGAUCCAUCAGUACAACUUUCAGAGCCACCCAUAUUACCAGCAACCUGGGUCUAUUGCCGUCAAAAUUGUUAACAACACCUGUCGCAACAUGAGUGACUAUCCUAACGUACCAUCAAUACCUAGUCCGGGUACGCGACUAUUGGGUAAUGGUGUAUGCCAAACCCCAACAACAACGUUACUGAAUGGCAGUAGUUAUCAGAGGAGCAAGAGUAUCUCAGCUGUAUCGAAUAACGAAAACAGUACCUUAGCAGUUAACGGUUCCCGAACAUAUGUAUCGGCGCCCAUCCCUAGCUCGCGGUCAAGGGGAAUGAGCCAACCUGAGACAAUGUCCCCAAGUCAACUUGGGCCCCAGAAUGAUUCAUCGAACGGUCUCUUGCACGCUCAGGGUGUAUCAUCUCACAAGACUCUUCAGGAACCACGCGUGGGUAAACUUGUCAUGUCUCGAUCCAAAUUGGCUUCACCCCUAGCUACAUCGGUCUCUCCAGUGACUACUAGCAAUUUAAUGAUACCAUCGCCUCUGGGCUCACCUCUAGAGACAUCUUCACCCAACGGUUAUUUAACCUCUGAGACAGACAGCUAUGCCUCAUCAACCCCUUUGGUAUCACGGCAGCGUCGACUAAGCUCAACUCUAUCCUCUCUCCGAUCCUUAAUCGGCAAUCAUCCACAAGGACUUUCAUUGAUCGAUUCAUUGGAAGAGGAAGAAGAUGACGACUUGGAAUCACUUUCUGAAACUGAGACGGGAGAUUCUGAGACGGAUCUCGUGCAACGAACACAGUCCUUGACUACUGUCGACACCCCCGUCAUCGCCGAGCCUACAUCCGAUAGCUCAGUAACUCCACCAAGUCAAGAGAAGCGGAAUGUCCGCAAGAGACCUCCUCCUCGACUUGAAUGGAUGGCAGACAGAAGACGAUUCAGUGUCUCUAGUCUUUCAACUAUCAAUCGAGAUAUUCAGGACAGCCAAAAAGGGCAGCAUGCAUUAUGGAAGUAUAUUGGUGGCGGUAAUUCACAUGCGCCUCUUCGAUUUGAUAUCGAUCGCAUUCUGGAUUCUGGCUGUGGCCUGGGAGAAUGGACUAUGGAAAUGGCCAAGGAGUUUCCUAACGCAACCGUCUAUGGAAUCGAUAUCAACCCAGAGUUGUUUCCUAGUGCACAGCAACCUGUUCCAAGUAACUGUCUUUUCACCCAAUCGAAUCUCCUUACCCGCCUCUCGUUUCCAAACAAAUACUUUGACUUUGUUUACCAACGUUUCCUAUACCUUGGACUGACAGUUGACGACUGGCCAGUAGCGCUUAAGGAACUAAAGCGGGUAAUGAAGCCCGGGGGCUAUAUCGAGCUUUUUGAACCCUGUAUGAGAGUCCAUCGAGCAGGAGCCCGGACGCGAGAAGUGAUGCGGUGGUGCUCACGUUUGUUACAGGAGGAGCGCGGAUUAGACUUUGACUUUGCAGGAGAAAAGAUGAAGCGACUUUGUGAGUCAGAGGAGAUUGGUUUCCAGAAUGUGCGACUGGAACGCCUCUCGAUCCCAGUGGGUGGCUGGGGAGGACGUGUUGGUCAAGCAAUGGCAGAGAAUAUGGUACUGAUUUUUCAAAACUUGCAAUCAGCUUUAAUGCCUGACGAUACGACGCAAACACCGAACGGACCCGCACAAAAGGCAUUUGACAAUAUGGUCCAGAGUUGGGUCCGAGAAUGCGAAGAAAAUAAGUCGUACAUUGAUUAUUAUAUCCUUGUUGGUCAACGACCCAUGGAAUAA